AUGUGUGUUAUAGAGCACCGGCUAGAUAAACAUUUGUUUCCUGCUCUUUACGGCAUUUUGGUUAUCAUUAGUAUUCCCACCAACAUUGCAUCUCUUUAUGUAUCUUGUUGCCAGGUGAAGAAAAAAAAUGAACUAGGAAUCUAUCUCUUCAGUUUAUCUUUAGCGGAUCUGCUAUAUACCCUAACCCUGCCUCUGUGGAUUUAUUAUGCUCAGAAUGAGGACAACUGGACUCUUUCUUCACACCUUUGCACAGCUUCUGUUUUCCUCACAUAUCUGAAUUAUUAUACCAGUUCAGGAUUUCUCACCUGCAUUUCCAUCGAUAGAUAUUUAGCCGUGGUUCACCCAAUGAGGUUCCAUUGUCUACGUACAAGAAGAGCUGCAUCCUUUGUUGCUGCUAUGGUUUGGGUCUUUGAAAUUGUAUCAAGCUCUAAGUUUCUGUAUGAAAAAGAAAUAUUUCAAAGAACUUCUAAUGGCAAUAGCCAUACAAACCAUAGUUUUUGUUAUGACACGUAUCCUCUAGAAAACUGGCAAGCCAAAUUUAAUUACUACAGGGUCUGCUUGGGAUAUGCAGUCCCUUUGACUAUCAUGCUGUUCUGCUACCAAAAAAUAUACCAGGCUGUGAAAAAUAAUCAAGCCACAGAAUGCAGGGAUAAAAAGAAAAUCAAAGACUUACUGCUGACCAUUGUCAUUACCUUUUUUUUAUGCUUCACCCCCUAUCACAUUGUGCUACUGCUUCGAAGUAUCUAUGAACCAUGUGAUUGCUCCUUUGCUGAGAGAAUGUAUAAGCCCUAUAGAAUUACAACCGCACUGACAAGUGUAAAUUGUAUACUUGAUCCAAUACUUUAUUGCUUUGUGAGUGAAGCUGGAAGAACAGAUAUUCAGAACAUGUUCAGGGGGUGUUUUUCCGUAAGUCAUAGCGAUGGGAAGCAGUCACAAGAUAUUUCCUUAUCCAGUAGUUCACAGGCCAGAACAGGAAAAAUUCCAGAAUCAGCAACUUUUGGCUUUGCUACAACAAAAAUCUGA